AUGAAGUUUCCUUUCCAGCACCAUGUGAAUAACCACGGAGGAAAAAGCCAUCGCCACUGCUUACCGCCCUGUUGACGGCGGCGUUUUGGCUUGUUGCUCCGUGAUUUCGACGCCAUUUUAAGCUUCAAAUCUCUCUCAUUUUGUUCUUUUGUUUUGUUUUUCUUGAAAGACUAGUUGUGUUAGGUGCCGCUUGUCACUCAUACCAACGUUUAAUUCGGCAGGCCUGAGUUAUAUUGUGGGCUAAUGGCAUCUUCUCCAGACUCGUGGAUGAAAGAAUAUAAUGUAGCACUCAGACUUGCAGAUGACAUCAAUGGAAUGAUAUCAGAACGAAGCUCUUUCCUUGCAUCACGUUCUGAAACUCAGCGUCAUGAAUCUGCUAUUCGAAGGAAGAUCACAAUUUUGGGUACUAGAUUAGAUUGUCUGCAAUCCCUUUGGGCUAAGCUCUCCGUCUCGGAGAAAGAGAAAACUCGUCGCAGAACCAUGCUUCUAGAUUUGAGAUCAAGAGCAAAUCAAAUGGCUUCCACGAUGAACAUGCCAAACUUUGGUGACAGGGAGAGCUUGCUCGGGCUAGAUAUGAAGUCGGCUGAUUCCAUGAGCAGAACAAAAGGGUUGGACAAUCGAGACCUUGUUGGUCUGCAAAGGCAAAUCAUAAAAGAACAAGAUGGGGAGCUUCAGAAUUUGGAGGAUACUGUGAUUAGCACAAAGCACAUUGCUCUGGCAAUAAAUGAGGAGCUUGACUUGCACAAUAGGCUUAUUGACGACUUGGAUCAACAUGUGGAUGCUACAGAUUCCCGCCUACAGAAAGUUCAGACGAGCCUGACGUCUUUAAAUAAGCGCACCAAAGGCAGUUGCUCUUGUAUGUGCAUGUUGUCAUCUGUCAUCGUUAUUGUAAUUCUAAUUGUAUUGAUAUUUUUUCUGAUUAAAUACUUGUGAUAUACCAAAAAAAAAAAAAAAACGCAGAGACACAAAAUGCUUCCUAUGUUUGCCUAUA